AUGGACUGGCUGUAUGGUGCUGAAGGCCACAUACGACGACAUUGCAGAACACCCCAGGCCACGGAAAAGAAAACGAAUGAUUUGACAAGACCAGUGACUGCCUUGAGACGGAAUACUGGUGAGAGGAAACCGACCCUAAAGUGCUGGAACUGCGGUGUUAAAGGCCACAUGCGAAGGAACUGCAGAACACCCCAGAGCACGGAGAAUAAGAUAGACGAGUUGAACAGACAAUUAAAUGCCAUGGGACGGGAAAGGAGUGACGAGAAACCAAAGUGUUGGAACUGCGGAGCUGAAGGCCACCUGCGAAGGAACUGCAGAACACUCCAGAGCACAGAAAUUAAGACUAUUUACCAGCAACGACGGGGGAAAUAUAUGAGUGUCCAUAGUGAGGAAAGGAGGUUGCCAGAUAAUGAAAAAACUUGUUUUAAAGCACUUGCUCUCGAUUUUCUACAGUGA